AAAGUGUUUACACUGACGUCAGUUAGCAGGACUAGCACUGCCCCGUUCGGUUCAGUGUCUCUCAACUCCGCACACCAAGAAGUCUGUAAUAGAUGAUAGAUGUGCUUCAUGUUACAUUUUCCACGUGCCGGACCUUAAGGAGUCACUGAAAUGAAUUCUUGUGCACGUUGGAAAUGGACUAAAACUGCAAAAUGAACACUUGCGCGUUUUUGCUGAUUUUGACUGUUCAGAUCUACGCUGAUGGCAUCGAGGGGCCAACAGCGGCCGGCUGCACCUUUGACGAGGACUCUGACCCCAACCUGUGUGACCUCACCCAGGGGGAGGAAGAUGACUUUGAUUGGCAGCUCUUCAGGACCCACAAUGCACCUCACGCCAGCGCUGACCUCCUACGGGGAUCCUACAUGCUGGUCAACUCCUCCCAGCAUGCCGCAGGGCACCGCGCUCAGCUGCUGCUCCAGACCCUGAGCGAGAACGACACUCACUGUGUCCAGUUCAGCUACUUCCUGUACAGCCGCGACGGCCACAGUCCCGGAGCUCUGAGGGCCUACGUCCGCGUCAACGGGGGACCCCUGGGGAGCCCUGUGUGGAACACAUCAGGGUCCCACGGCAAGCAGUGGCACCAGGUGGAGCUGGCGGUCAGCACCUUCUGGCCCAAUGAAUACCAGGUGCUAAUCGAGGCGAUGGUAUCCAGGGAUGGGCGGGGCUACAUCGCCAUCGACGACAUCAUGCUGCUCAACUAUCCCUGCUAUAAGGCACCACACUUCUCCCGGCUGGGCGAUGAGGAGAUCAACGCGGGACAGAACGCCACCUUCCAGUGUGUGGCGGCCGGCCGCGCAGCAGAAGCUGAGAAGUUCCUGCUGGAGAGGCAGAGUGGUGAGGUGGCGUCCGUGGCGUCCGUGAGGCACCUGAGUCACCGGCGUUUCGUGGCGUCCUUCCUGCUGGACGCUGUGCAGCGCUCCUACCAGGACCUCUACCGCUGCGUCACCCAGUCGCCUCGGGGCUCCGGGGUCUCCAACUACGCCGAGCUCGUCGUUAAAGUCCCCCCGUCGCCCAUCGCCCCGCCCCAGCUACUGCGGGGCGGCUCCACCUACCUGAUCAUCCAGCUCAACACCAACUCCAUCCUGGGCGACGGCCCCAUCAUCAGGAAGGAGAUAGAGUACCGCGCCAGCCAGUCGCCCUGGUCCGAGAUCCACGGGGUCAACAUGGUCACCUACAAGCUGUGGCACCUGGACCCAGACACCGAGUACCACAUCAGCGUCCUGCUGACCCGGCCCGGCGAGGGGGGCACGGGCCCCCCCGGCCCCCCCCUCAUCAGCAGGACCAAGUGUGCAGAACCCAUGCGUGCCCUGCGGGGCCUGACUGCCACGGACCUUCAGGCCAGGCAGUUGUCUCUGCAGUGGGAGGGUCUGGCGUUCAACCUGACGCGCUGUCACACCUACUCGGUGUCCCUGUGCUUCCGCUACGCGACCGCGGGCGGAGGCGGCGGUCACAACACCACCGUGCGCGAGUGCCUGGCGGUGGAGCACAACGCGUCUCGCUUCACGCUCCGCGACCUGCCGCCCUACCACGCCGUCCACGUCCGUCUGGCCCUGUCCAACCCGGAGGGGAAGAGAGAGGGCAGAGAGGUCGCCUUCCAGACCGAGGAAGACAUUCCCGGGGGCAUCGCGCCAGAGUCCCUCACCUUCUCCCCCCUCGACGACAUGAUCUUCCUCAAGUGGGAGGAGCCUGUGGAGCCCAACGGCCUCAUCACCCAAUACGAGAUCAGUUACCAGAGCAUCGAGUCCUCAGACCCGGGUAUUAACAUACCCGGUCCGAGGAGAACCGUCUCCAAACUGAGGAAUGAGACCUACCACAUGUUCUCCAACCUCCACCCUGGCACCACCUACCUGAUCUCGGUCCGCGCCCGCACCACCAAGGGCUUCGGCCAGACGGCCCUCACCGAGAUCACCACCAACAUAUCUGCCCCCACCUUUGACUACGGGGACAUGCCCUCCCCCCUCAGCGAGACAGAGAGCACCAUCACCGUCCUGCUCCGCCCUGCCCAGGGGAGAGGAGCUCCCGUCAGCACCUACCAGGUGGUGGUGGAGGAGGAGAGCGUGAAGAAGGUGAAGCGGGAGCUGAGGCUGCAGGAGUGUUUCCCGCUGCCCAUGUCGCACGCCGAGGCCCAGGCGCGGGGGACGCCCCACUACUACUCGGCGGAGCUGCCCCCCAGCAGCCUGCCGGAGGCCAGCCCCUUCACCGUGGGGGACAACCACACCUACAAUGGCUACUGGAACACGCCCCUGGACCCGCGCAAGAGCUACCUCGUCUACUUCCAGGCCAUGAGCAACUUCAGAGGGGAAACCAGAAUCAACUGCAUACGCAUUGCUCGCAAAGCUGCCUGCAAGGACCACCGGCGUGCGCUGGAGGUGACCCAGCGCUCGGAGGAGAUGGGGCUGAUCCUGGGGGUGUGUGCCGGGGGUCUGGUGGUGCUCAUUCUCCUGUUGGGCGCGGUCAUCAUCGUCAUCAAGAAGGGAAGGGACUCCUAUUCUUACUCUUACUAUCCGAAGCCGGUGAACCUGAACAAGACCCCCAUCACGUACCGCCAGGAGAAGGGCCACCUGGGCUCCAUGGAGCGCAGCUUCACCGAUCAGAGCACCCUGCAGGAGGACGAGCGCAUGGCGCUGUCCUUCAUGGACACGCACACGUGUGGGGCACGCAGUGAGGCUCGUAGCUCAGUGAACGAGUCCAGCAGUCUGCUGGGCGGCUCCCCCAGACACCAGUGCAGCAGGAAGGGGUCCCCCUACCACACGGGGCAGCUGCACCCCGCGGUGCGCGUGGCCGACCUCCUGCAGCACAUCAACCAGAUGAAGACCGCCGAGGGCUACGGCUUCAAGCAGGAGUAUGAGAGCUUCUUUGACGGCUGGGACUGCACCAAGAAGAAAGACAAAACCAAGGGCCGGCAGGACACCUUCACGGGAUAUGAUCGGCACAGAGUGAAACUGUACCCGCUCCUGGGAGAUCCGAAUUCUGACUACAUCAACGCCAACUACAUCGACGGCUACCAUCGAUCCAACCACUUCAUCGCCACUCAGGGGCCCAAGCAGGAGAUGGCGUAUGACUUCUGGAGGAUGGUGUGGCAGGAGAACUGCUUCAGCAUCGUCAUGAUCACCAAGCUGGUGGAGGUCGGCCGGGUUAAAUGCUGUAAAUACUGGCCUGAUGACAGUGAGAUGUACGGGGACAUCAAGAUAACUCUGUUGAAGACGGAGACGCUGGCAGAAUACACUGUCCGCACCUUCGCCUUGGAGAGGAGAGGCUACUCGGCGAAGCACGAAGUCAGGCAGUUCCACUUCACGUCCUGGCCGGAGCACGGCGUCCCCUUCCACGCCACGGGCCUGCUGGCCUUCAUACGGCGGGUCAAGGCCAGCACCCCCCCGGACGCCGGCCCCGUGGUGGUGCACUGCAGUGUGGGGGCAGGUCGAACCGGCUGCUACAUCGUCCUGGACGUGAUGCUGGACAUGGCCGAGUGUGAGGGCGUGGUGGACAUCUACAACUGCGUCAAGACCCUCUGCUCUCGUCGCAUCAACAUGAUCCAAACAGAGGAGCAGUAUGUCUUCAUCCACGACGCCAUCUUGGAGGCCUGUCUGUGCGGGGAGACGGCCAUCUUGGUGAACGAGUUCGCCCUCACCUACAAAGAGAUGCUGCGGGUGGACUCACAGAGCAACUCCUCACAGCUAAGAGAAGAGUUCCAGACUCUGAACUCGGUCACCCCCCACAUCGACGUGGAGGAGUAUAGCAUCGCCCUGCUGCCGAGGAACCGUGAGAAGAACCGCAGCAUGGACGUGCUGCCGCCCGACCGCGCCCUGGCCUUCCUGGUGACCACGGAGGGUGAGAGCAACAACUACAUCAACGCCGCGCUCACAGACAGCUUCUACCGGCCCGCCGCGCUCAUCGUGACCCCCCACCCGCUGCCUGGGACCACCGCAGACUUCUGGAGGCUGGUGUUCGACUACGGCUGCACUGCCGUCGUCAUGCUCAACCAGCUCAACCAAUCAAACUCCGCCUGGCCCUGUGUUCAGUACUGGCCCGAGCCCGGCCUCCAGCAGUACGGGCCCAUGGAAGUGGAGUUUCUGUCCAUGUCGGCGGACGACGACGUCGUCACACGUCUGUUCCGGGUCAAGAACGUGACGCGGCUCCAGGAGGGUCAGCUGGUGGUGUGUCAGUUCCAGUUCCUCCGCUGGUCACCAUACCGAGACGUGCCCGACUCCAAGAAGGCCUUCCUCAACCUGCUGGCUCAAAUCCACAAGUGGCAGCGCGAGUGUGGGGAGGGACGCACCAUCGUCCACUGCCUGAACGGCGGCGGUCGCAGCGGGAGCUUCUGCGCCAGCACCAUCCUGCUGGAGAUGAUCCAGUACCAGAACAUGGUGGACGUCUUCUACGCCGUCAAGACCUUACGCAACUGCAAGCCCAACAUGGUGGAGUCUCUGGAGCAGUAUCGAUUCUGCUACGACCUUAUCCUGGAGUACCUGGACUGCUUCGAGGGGAGAUAGCAACAUGCUAACGGUCGCCAUCGUUCUCCAUCAGCCGGCCUCUCCGUCGGGGCCCCCCGGGGACCGGCGACAGUAUGGAUGUUUUGGUUUGACCUUUUGGACAGGGAGCGAUGUGAGGGACGACGCAGAGUGAUGGGAGGAACUGGGGGUCAAGAUUCUAACUUUUAACCUUUAAUGUACAGCAGUCAUUUCUUCUUCUUCUUCUCGUCGUCGUCGUCGUUGUUGUUCCCUUUUUGAUAUUUUUUGUGCUUUUAUUUUUGGGUCUAACUUUUGCCUCGGGACUCUAAAGCUCUUUUGUGCUAUUUGUUACCGUAGCAACAAUAGGAGUAUUAUGGGCUAACGCUGGACCCCCGCCACACUGGAGAGCAGUCGUCCUGACUGUUGUUCAUGGUUUUGCUACAACAGACUGAAUAUCCAGCGUCUGGGACUAAACAUGGACAUGUUAUUGUUGUUGUUGUUCUCUUCAAGUGUUGUUCAGGCAUGACUUCUGUCACCAUACCAUUAACUGCCUUAUGCUACCCACCCCCAUACCAGGAAAGAUAAAUGUUCCCCUUUCAAUUGUCCCGACUCCUCGAACACAUCGGAAACGGCUUCAUUCAAAACGCGCAAAGUGGCGAGCAGAAGGUUUUUUACACAGCGGGCCCUCGGCCCCCGACAGUAUGGAGAGAAGACGUGUGCUGCUGAUGCAGUCGGAGCCACCAGGGGACACACGGUACCGGGGGCACGACUCCGCCAUGGGGGAGACGGGAGAUCAUUGUGAUGGUGCCAAUCCCACAAGAACUUAGAACUUCAACUAGAACUAUAGCCUCUAUUGACACCCUCCUAUUGCUUGUUGUUGACAACAUACACACGGUAGUUGUACUGCAUCCGCUCACAGUUUGUCUCCACGGUGGGAGUUCCCUCUGACUUUCAGGUCAUGGGUGGGGAGGUUGUUGGGGUGUGCGGGUGUAAGACAUCCGCACAUUGUUUGAGGCAGCGUGUAAAAAAUGAAGAUUCAUAAUGCUGUGGUGACGUGUCUGGACCAGUACUGUGUUUCAUGUUGAAGAUGCAGUUUCAUUUUUAAAGGUGCUUAUGAUUUGACAGUGAAUUUGUUCCCCCUCUUUUCGGAGGCGUUGCCUCUUACCUUGUUUUGGCUGCAUUUGCUCGAUGUUCAAGAGAGUUUUAAUGUGUUAGUCGCUGUUGACCUUUUCAGUAGUGGAUGAAGCUCUGCAAUGUCGCAUACAUUUUUUCUGUCCAAAGUGACAUCAAAUGAGGAAAACAGAAAUAGGCUCCAUGUAAAAACGGACACAAGUUGAAAAUGCAUUGGCCAAGAGCCUCAGCCAUUUAAAAGUUUCUUGAUGUUUUCCACCACUAUGCGUUUUCUGUGUUACAUUUGAUUUGAAAAAAAAGAUGGACCUAGAUCUGUUAUUGUUAGAACAAGAAGAGGGAAGAGUUUGGUGUUUGUGACUGUGGUGGCAAAGUGAACUUUGAGAGACAUUACGGGAAAAACAAGUCAACGAUAGAAGUGGAGCUUUAAAAGGUCUAUGACAUAAGGAUGAAAAGCAUUUAUUCUUUUAUAUAAUAAAGUUGAAUUGAAUUUCACUGUAGGGGGGGUUCCCCGGUUAUCUACUGACACGCAGCAGUUGUAAAGGGGUGUCUCAUGGUGGUUAACUCCACUUCAAACACUAUCAACAACCCCCGCCUUGCCACCCAGAAACAAACGGAGGGGAAAACCUUAAAUCAUACCACAGGAAUGGCAGCUAGCGCCGGGUUCCAGCUCCCAAAUCUGCUUCUAGCGGGAGCGCAGAGAACAUGAAUUAGGCAGUGUGAUGUUUUCAUCAGGGUCUCACAUUUCAAAGGCUGGAGCGGUUUGUUUUCAGACAAAGGGUACGUGAUGAGGUAAGCUAGAGCAGUUGGGCCCAGUAUCUCCUUAGUGAGCUACUGGACACAAACAGGAAGUGCCUGAACACUUGUUUCUCGAGGGUGGAGGAAUGUGUAUAUAUAUAGAUAUAUAUAGAUGUAUAUUACUGUUAUGUGAAUACUAUGUGAAUAAUAUACUAUAUGUUUGCCCAGAGUAAAGACGUACAGUAAGUAAACACAAGUAACCACAAAGCUGAAUGUGUUGUAAAUGACAAUUUUGUGUGUUUAUGCAAGAAGCCCCCCCGGUAAGAAUGUUGCUUGAUAAUCCAUUUCAGUCACUAAUUCUGGGAUAAAACUAUUCAUAAUGCAUCCAUGUUGCCAUCAUUCUGCCAAUUUGUAAAAUAUUACAAACUGAACUCCCCAAAUAUUGCUAUCUUAAAACCAGAAGGAUAUCAAACAGCGCAGAAUCUGCUACUGUUUAUGCAUCCAGAUUCUGCAUAAUUUUGUAAUAAUUAUUACAGUAUACAGAUCAAAAACGUGAAUACAUUCAUCACCAGCGGCGAUGGAUCCAUUGAUAUAAAGAGUUAACGUUUAUGAUGCUCAUAAAUAAUUCUAGCCUCCAUAGACUGUCUAAAGCAUGAAGAAAUUAAAAGCAUUGUCUGCCUAAUCUUCUCGUUAGUUCUCAUUUCCAUCGACUCCCCCCAACAUUUCAUAUUGUUUCAUUGUAGGGUACUGUAAUCCUCGUAACUUCUUCUUACCCAUGUGUAUUUUACCAUUGCCAAAAACCGUCAGUGCAAUGUACUUUUACCAUUCCAAAGCUUUCUCCCAGACGGCUCUAUGUGGCAGCGCCAGCUGUGAGAUCUCCAUCUUUUUUUUCAUUUGUGUGCUUCUGUAUGAUAUUGAAGCAGUGGAAUCCAGCUGCUGUGUUUUUGAACUUUGUAUUUGUGAGGCAAGGUGUGUAUUUAAACCGAGAGAGGGGGAGACGAGGGAUGUGUUGUGGCUAAGGAUGAGGGAUUGUUCUGAAGUAUUAUAAACAAUAAAAAAGCUGUGUGAAGGG